GCGAGGGGAUGACUGGAACAGUCACCAGUUCUGCUAACAGUUCACAAAAAAGUGGAGUGCAGAAUUCAUGUGCUCAGGGGAAACAAGUAUUGACAAAGAGCAGGAAAAUGUGAUGGUGUGAAAGUUCAGAAAGUGCUGGGAAGUUUCAUCAGAGGAUUUGUAAAGCUGAGGAGGAAGUAAGGGAACUACAUAAAAGAUAACCACACCAAGCUACUGGCCACAGAAUCCUCGACCACUAUUGGAGCAGAAAAUGGACCUGCCGCUGACCCUUCGUGUGUUCCUACUUCUUUCAUCCCUAAACAUUGCUGUGUGGACGUGUCCAGAUGGAUGCCAAUGUCAAGGAACUAAGAUCCUCUGCCGUGGCCUCUCGAACUUCCCCACGGCUUUGCCCUCGUUCACCACUGUCCUUUCUGUCUCCAACAGCAGUAUCUACCUUCUGAAACCAGAGGACCUGAAUGAUUUCUCUAAUGCCCUUGCCCUCUUCCUAAUUGAGAACAGUAUUUUACAGGAAGUGCACCCUGGAACAUUUGAUGCAGCUCCGAAUAUAGUUUCAAUAGGUUUUACUGGCACAGCAUUGCAGGAUCUCCCAGAGGCCUUGUUCAAUAAUCAAAAGAAGCUUGAGAUUUUGUCUCUGAAGAGCAACGAGCUCAUGGUGCUUCGACCUAACUGGUUUUCCCCACUGACACAUCUGAGGGGUCUUGACCUUAGUAAAAAUAAAAUCAGUUCUGUACCUGAGGAAACAUUCAAGGGUCUUUCUGACCUUCAGCUGUUGAGGCUUAGUAAAAACUCACUACAAGAACUCCCCAUUGGUUGUCUGGAUGACCUCAGAAACCUUGUGGAACUAUCCCUAAAUGACAAUCAAAUCACUCACCUCGAUCCUGACCUGUUCUCCAAUACUCCAAAGCUCAGAAAGCUGUUUAUCUCCAACAACAGGCUUACAUCCCUUCCACAAGGGAUCUUCUUAAACCUUCCCCAACUUUUACAGAUCUCACUGUAUGAAAACCAACUGGAAAGUGUGGGUCCAGGAGUGUUUGGUCCCAUGCCCUUGCAGGAGCUGUGGCUGUAUGACAACAAGCUCCGCCGUGUUGAGGAUGACACGUUCAGAAAUCUGACUCAGUUGCGUCUGCUGGUGCUCAGUCGCAACCAGAUCAGCCAUGUUUCCACAGGGGCCUUCGGAGGGUUGGGGCAGCUGGGAGAGGUUUCGCUUCACACCAACCUACUGACGACUCUGCAAGCUGGAACCUUCCAAGGUCUGCCCAGCCUGGUCAACAUUUCCCUGGAGCACAACAUCAUUAGCUCACUUCCCAGAGGUUUUCUACAGGGUCUAAGCCACCUUGGACAGAUAGACUUGCGAAACAAUUCCUUGCACAACCUGCCACAGGAAAGUUUAGAUGAACUCAUUGUGACAAAGGAAGUGCUCUUAGAGCAGAAUCCCUGGAGGUGUGACAAGGAUAUUCUGCCUCUGAGGGAUUGGCUGAAACAUCACCCAUCUAAGGUCAAUCAAAGCCUUGUGUUAUGUGAGACACCUUUUAAUCGGACUGGUGAGAUGAUUUCACUGCUGACAAAUGAGGACCUGAUGCUUCUCAGCUCUACCAAGGAGCCUGUGUUUACCCCAACAGAUCAGCACUUACCCACACCCACCAGCAGUGGACAAGAGGAACAGGAAACUUCCACUUUGAUUAUCCUCAUCAGCAUUGCAGUAGUGGCCACAGUCAUCAUCAGCAUGGUCAUCAUCAGCUGUCUGUGCUGGAGGAAGAAAAGGAGAGGCAGGGGAAAUAUAGGCGACAGGAAUAGGAACUCUGUGCUGUAGACUAAACUUUUGAAGGCAAUUAAAUUACUCACUAAUGACUGUGGUUUUCUUGGAAAAUAUGGACCGUAGGCAUAGAAAGAACCAUUAACGCUUGUUCCUCAUCACCUUGAACAACAAAGGAAACAGAUUUGCUUUUUUUUUAACCAGUCAUUAGUGUGUGCUGUAAUAAGAAAAUUGACAUCUUACACACUGUACAGUUUGUAAAAAUGACCACCUUGCUGUUUUGUGGAAAGCUGGGACCUUGUGUUGAAUGUAAACACUCAAUUGCAUUGCAGCAGUGUACUUUGUAUAGUAAAAUUUAGACUGACCAUGGCAUUUGUUCAGUGGUGUGUCAUUUUCCAUUAAUUAUUGCUGUUUGACAAUGACUUUUUGAAAAUUUUAGCAAAAUGACUAUUCAUACAAAACUCAAGGAAUGUAGUGUUUAGUCCACUGUUAAACUUCAAUGCAACAUGCUACUGAACACUGAAUAAAUGCACAGCUUUUAAUGGGAUCAAUUCAUUAGAAUAAUGUGCAAAUAGUUCACUUAUGUCUCAAGAUCUGACAACAAACCUUACUUACACGUUAAGUAUCAUAUAAUUUGUAAUUAGAGUAGGCACUAUGGAAAACAAAUAUUUCAGAUAUACAUUAUUACCAGUUUCUGUGCUUGGUGCACAUUUUACAGAAUCUUUAAAAUCUCCUGAAAGGACAAAGUAAGAAGAAGGCAUCAGCACUGUACCACAAAUUUGUGAUUUUGAGUAAUGCAAUAACGUUAAAAAUACAAUAACGGGUAAAAAUAUUCAGCUACACAUAUAACUUUUGUCUUCUUAAAUUAAUAUAAUCAAUUGUUAAUAAAAAAUACUGCAUUGAAAGAGUAUUGAAAGAGAGUAAAAAACUGAGAACAGACAAAACAAAUGAAUCAGAAAUGUUAGCCAACUGAGAAUAACAAUGUUCUUGUAGGGACGUGACAAACAAAACAUUAUCAACUGACUGGAGAUUAAAGCAUGUGAGCUGAUUGAAGUGAACUGAUAUUUAAAGGUUUACUUCUUUACUUCUUUACUUAAAAAUAAAAAAAAAAAUAGCUCAUUUGGAACAUUCUCAGGGGAGGUAUCUGAUGUGUAAUGAAAAAAUGAGAAAGGCAUGUAAACCUUAAACUGGUUGCUUUUAAAUAAAGGAACACCUUCACAAAUGA